UCAUGACCUCUUCCAGCCCGCCUGCGGGUGCGGAGCCGCGCAUGCGCUGUGUGUCUCUGUGGCGUAGGACCCGGUCAGCUCUCCACUCGCCGCAGGGCGGGGUUUCGUGCUGUCCAAGUGGAUCCGCUGUGGACAUGGCUGCUCACUGCACCGAGACGAUGCUGACCGCCCUGGGGCUGCUCAGUGUCUGUGCGGCCAGCAGCUCCGGGUCCGGGAUUUCGGGAAAGGCGGGUGGGGAGGCAGAAUGGGCGGAGCCCUGGGACGGCGCGGUUUUCCGGCCGCCAGCUGCGCUAGGCGCAGUGGGGGUGGCGCGCGGGCCGGAGUCCCCGCCGCGGGGGACCAAGGAGACUGCCAACCUACCGGUGCUGCUGUGGUGGAGCCCAGGCCUCUUUCCACACUUCCCGGGCGACUCGGAGCGCAUCGAAUGUGCGCACGGCGCGUGCGUGGCAUCCCGGGACCGACGGUCGCACGCCGACCCGCGGACGCGCGCACUGCUUUUCUACGGCACCGACUUCCGCGCAGCCGACGCACCUCUUCCGCGCCUGAGGCACCAGAGUUGGGCGCUACUGCACGAAGAGUCGCCGCUCAACAACUUCCUGCUGAGCCACGGCCCUGGGAUCCGCCUCUUCAACCUCACGGCCACCUUCAGCCGCCACUCGGACUACCCACUGCCGCUGCAAUGGCUGCCCGGGAUCCCCUAUUUGCUCCGGCCUGCGCCUCCGCUCAGGGAACGCACCGAGUGGCGUCGUCACGGGUACGCGCCGCUGCUUUACUUGCAGUCCCACUGCGAUGUGCCCUCGGACCGGGACCGCUACGUACGCGAGCUCAUGCGCUACAUCCCGGUGGAUUCCUAUGGCAAGUGCCUUCAGAACCGCGAGCUGCCCACCGUGCGGUUACAGGACACAGCCACUGCCACCACCGAGGAUCCAGAACUCUUGGCCUUCUUGUCCCGCUAUAAGUUCCAUUUGGCCCUGGAAAAUGCCAUUUGCAAUGACUACAUGACAGAGAAACUGUGGCGCCCCAUGCAUCUGGGUGCUGUGCCUGUGUAUCGUGGCUCACCCUCUGUGAGGGAUUGGAUGCCCAAUAACCACUCCAUCAUCCUAAUUGAUGACUUUGAGUCCCCUCAAAAGCUGGCAGAGUUUAUUGACUUUCUGGACAAGAAUGAUGAAGAGUAUUUGAAAUACCUGGCGUACAAGCAACCAGGGGGUAUCACCAACCAGUUUCUCCUGGAUAGCCUGGAGCACAGGAAGUGGGGAGUGAAUGAUCCUUUGUUGCCUAACUACCUCAAUGGCUUUGAGUGUUUUGUCUGUGACCAUGAACUGGCUCGGCUGGAAAAUGAGAAAGCCCGUGCAGCCUCUCCUGGGGAGGUUCCUGUCCCCGAGCCUCACAUUGCUGAGCCCUCACACAUGAACUGUCCAAUGCCUACCCCUGGCUUUGGCAAAGUCGAAGAGAUUCCUGAGAAUGACAGCUGGAAGGAAAUGUGGCUACAAGAUUAUUGGCAAGGUCUCUAUCAGGGGGAAGCUCUCACUGCUAUGAUCCACAACAAUGAAACACAGCAGAGGAAAUUUUGGGAUUAUGUACAUCAGAUCUUCAUGAAAAGGAAUAAAAAUCUCUAACUGCCCUUGCAAGAGCCUUUAGCGUGGAAGACGUCUGGAGACUUUUACCGUGGCACCAAAGGCCCAUCCACUGUAACCUUUAGUGAAUAUCGUCUACCUUGAUGUCUUCACUGAUUCUCCUGCCCUGUACUGGGGAUGGAACUUGAGGUUUUGAGAAUGCUAGGCAGGUACCCUAGCCCUCUCCACUGUGCCUGAAUGGUAUGGAGCUAGUAUCUCAGUCUAUCGUAGUAGAGCAGCUGAAGCACCCAUUUGACUCCAGUAUGCUUCUCACCUCUAGCCAUUUCAUCAUUUCAAAUAUGGACAGGAUGGGUCAGGCUGUGAUCUAAAACGUCCGUCAUUUAGUACCUUUCUCAAGAGUGUCUGUUCCUCAUCUUGCUUUUCUUAUCAGCUGUUUCACUGGUGGAGAGGCAAAACGGGUUGUGGUCUAAGCUAGCCGCCAGUUCCUGGACCUCGGCCUCUAAGAAGCUGGGCUGUAGGUGUGGAACACUAUGCCCAGCUCUUCACGUUACUUUAAGAUACUUGGACAGUCUUUAAAAUCAAACACCAUAAUUUUAAGUGGCCCUUUCUUUCCGACUUUAGACUAUUUCCACAAACACAGGGAAGAUCUACAAACAUCUCCAUCAUUCUUAUUGCUUGGAUUUCUUGUUCGGGUUAUAUUUGGAAGUCCUCUCGUGAACAGAUUAAGUAGCUAACCUGUUGUAGGGCUGGAAAGAUCUAUUCAAUUCAUUACUCACAUUUUUUCAGACAGUUUUAUGUUGCUGAGUUUCUGGGUUUUUUGUGGUUCUAGGAGAGCAAGCAGUCUGCUGACUGAGUAGCUGCAACCCUAGUACUGAGAUUUUUUUUUUCUUUUAUGAAGCCGGCCCAAUUCAAAGAGACUGAAGAAGCCAAGGGAGGGGGCUGGAGAGAUGGCUCAGAGGGUAAGAGCAUUGAUUGCUCUUCCAAAGGCCCUGAGUUCAAUUCCCAGCAACCACAUGGUGGCUCACAACCAUCUGUAAUGAGGUCUGGUGCCCUCUUCUGGCCUGCAGGCAUACAUGCAGAAAGAAUAUUGUAUACAUAAUAAAUAAAUAAAUGAAUGAAUAAAUAAGGCAAGGGAUUUAAGCCACCAUAAGUGGCUAGCUAAAUAAAAACUUAAGCUUCCAGCUUGGAGAGAUGGCUCCACUGUUAAGAGCACUGGCUGCUCUUCCAGAGGGCCCAGGUGUGAUUCCCAGCACCCACAUAGCAGCUCAUAACUGUCUAACUCCAGUUCCAGAGGGUUCAAUCCCUCUUUUAGCCUCUGUGGGCACCAGGCGCAAGUAUGCUACACAGACAUACAUGCAGGCAAAAAAAACACCCAUAUAUAUCAGAUGCAGACCAACUGUCUACUGCUGUAGCUUACCCAGGAGAUGAGUAUUUCCUGGGGUUAUAACAAAGAAUGCCUUGGACCUUAGAGCUAUGCUUAUUGUGUUACUGGUUUAUCAGUACAUGGUUGUAAACUGCAGGUUCGUGUGAAUCCAUAUCUAUACAGAUAGAGACAUAUGUAUGUUAGACCCUUUAGCAGCCAGGCUUCAUGGUUAACAUUGUGAUAUCUGGCUGGGUGGUGGUGGUGCACACCUUUAAUCCCAGUAUUCGGGAGGCAGAGGCAGGUGGAUCUCUGUGAGUUCGAGGUCAGCCUAGUCUACAAGAGCUAGUUCCAGGACAGGCUCCAAAAACUACAGAGAAACCCUGUCUCAAAAAACAAACAAAAACAAAAAACCCAAACCAUUGUGAUAUCUAAGGAUGUGACCAAGAAAAGUUUAAACAAAGGUUGGAAUUAGAUUUAUAAAGUUUUUUCUUCUUCUUCUUCUUUUGUGUGUGUGUGGGGGGGGGGGGAGAUGGACCCCAAGGCUCUGUGCAUGCUAAGCGUGUGCUCUGGCUCUGAGUUAUACUCCCAGACCUUUAUUUAGUUAAAAAUGCCUUCAUAGUAGCAUGAAAAUUUUUAACCUGUUUGGUCUCUUACAGAGAACAAGAGGAAAAGAUGUUUUAAAAAGUAUUACAGAUAGGUGAGUUCAUGAGUGCUAGUAAGCCAGGGCUACAAUAUACAAUAACAAGACGUGUGUGUGUGUGUGUGUGUAGAUGGGCAUGGUUGCACACACUUUAAGUUUCAGCAUUCUAGUACUUUGAGAGGCAGAAGCAAGUGGAUCUCUGUGAGUUUGAGACUAUCCUGGUCUAGUUAGUGUUUCAGGCUAGCCAGAGCUAUAUAAUGAGAUCUUGUCAGAGAGAGAAAGAGAGAGGAGAGAGGAAAAAAGAGAGAGAGGAUAGAUAGAUAGAUAGAUAGAUAGAUAGAUAGAUAGAUAGAUAGAUAGAUAGAUAGAUAGAGAUUUCUAUAGCAAAGUAACUUAGACAAGUGCAAUCAAGAUUAGAACUCAGAGUCGGGUCUUGAAAGACAACAAAAGAAGUGCUAAAAUACUCGUGCGAGCUGCGGGUCCUGUACUUUGUAUAACCAUCACUUACCUUUCUUGUUGCUCAUAUGCUAUCUGAGUUCUAAUCUUUUUUUUUUUGGGGGGGGGGGAGGUUUCGAGACAGGGUUUCUCUGUAGCUUUGGAGCCUGUUCUGGAACUAGCUCUGCAGACCAGGCUGGUCUCGAACUCACAGAGAUCCGCCUGCCUCUGCCUCCGAGUGCUGGGAUUAAAGGCGUGCGCCACCAUCGCCCUGCCUUUAGCACUUUUUUUGUUGUCUUUCAAGACAGGGUUUCUCUAGCUUUGCAGCCUGUCCUGGAACCCACUCUGUAGACCAGGCUGGCCUCGAGCUCACUGAGAUCCACCUGCCUCUGCCUCCCAAGUGCUAGGAUUAAAGGUGUGCACCACCACUGUCUGGGUUCUUUAGCACUUUAUGCACCAGGUGAGCCUGUUGUUCAUAAAUGGUUGUUGCUGGACAAUCAAGCUUGCUUUUUGCUAAGUGCUGCCCAGACUGUCCUUUAUCCUAUCAUGUUACAGUCACAAGACCAGGGUAAAUCAGGUGCUACAUUUCCCAAAGGGAAGAACUGUGAGUGGCCACGACAUACUUACCAAUGACAAAGCUUUACUUUCCAUAUGGAGAAAGCAAGCAAAAUGAUUUUUUUUUCCCUUUUGUGGGCUCAGCUAUGUGUACAGCACCAAGUAUUUGCUGCAGGUCAUGGGUACUAGUGGUAGAAGUUUCUGAUAGGAGUCUUUUAUUUACCAGAAUAUGGGGUAGAACAGAAGGCUGAUGGCAAGUGUUACUAUUUUUUAUUAUCAUCUCAAGAUUCAUCUUAUAUAAUAAAUUGAUUUUUACAUAGUG